AUGGCUCAUGCUUACCCUCUCUGUUCCUCCUCUUCUUCCACCUUCUGUGAUUUCACAACUCGCAUUUCAUCCCCACAUUCUUUCACCAGCCGCAAAUUCAAAACCUUUUUCUCUUUCCAACCUACCAAUUCUCUUGAAGAUGCAAAACACAAUAACCCACAUUCAAAUUCUUCACCUUUAUCCAAAUCUAAAAUCUGGGUCAAUCCCAAAACCCCCAGUUCCAAACGAGGUUGGAGCAAAUCUCAUAACGCCGUCUCAUCUCUCGCCAAACUACCCUCGUCCAAUCCUAAUGAGCAACAACUUUUUGAAAUUCUCAAGGGUUUGGGAGACAGUAUUGCAGAACGUGAUGCAGCGCGUAUUCUCUAUAAAAUAACAAACCCUGAAAUUGCAAUGCUUGCUCUUAAAUACUUCCAGAAGAAGAUUAAACCGGAAAGACAUGUGAUUCUUUACAAUGCGUUGUUUAACCUUUUUAGGGAAAUUAAUGAUUUUGAACAAGCAGAGAAGGUGUUUGAGGAAAUGCUUCAGAGAGGAGUCAAGCCUAAUGUGGCUACCUUUUCGAGUUUGAUUAGAUGUGCUUCUGUUUGUUCUUUGGCACAUAAAUCUGUGGAGUUGUUUGAGAGGAUGCCUUCUUUCGGGUGUGAGCCGGAUCUAAAUGUGUCCUCGACUAUGAUUUAUGUUUAUGCUCGCACGGGUAAUGUUGAUAUGGCUUUGAAAUUAUUUGAUGAUGCGAAAAAUGAGAAAUGGCCUGUUAGGACAGUUGCAUUCUCUGCUUUGAUUAAGAUGUAUGGUAUGUUGAGAAACUAUGAUGGAUGUUUGAGUGUUUAUAAUGAUAUGAAGGCUCUUGGUGUUAGGCCGAAUGUGACGACGUAUAAUACUUUGCUAUAUGCAAUGGCAAGAGCUAAAAGGGCAAACAUUGCUAAGGGUGUAUACCAAGAGAUGGAAAAUAAUGGAAUUUCGCCGAAUUGGGCAACCUAUUCAGCUCUCUUGGAAGCUUAUUCGAGAGGACGGCUAAGUAAAGAAGCUUUGAGUGUGUAUAAGGAAAUGAAGAAACAGGGGAUGUCUAUGAAUAAUGUUCUUUACGGCAUGCUUCUUGACAUGUGUGCUGAUGUUGGCUAUGUAGAUGUAGCUGUUGAAAUAUUUGAAGAUAUGAAACAAUCUGAGACUUGCAAGCCCGACCUUAUCGCAUACUCAUCCUUGAUUAACAUGUAUUCAUGCCUUGGGAAAGUUUCAGAGGCGGAAGCCAUGUUGAAUGAAAUGAUAAGCCAUGGAUUGAAGCCUAAUAUUUUGAUUUUCACAAUGUUUGUUCAUUGCUACGGAAAGGCCAAACGAACCGAUGAUGUUGUGAAUAUAUUUAAUCAAAUCUGGGAAACAGGCAUCACUCCCGACGACCGACUGUGGGAUUGUCUUUUGAGUGUGAUGGCCGAACUACCAAAAGAAGAGCUCGGUGAGAUAACAAACUGCAUCGAGAAAGCUAACCCAAAGCUUGGUUAUAUUGUGACAUGUUUGACGGAAGGGAGCGAGGAUGAUGGAUAUUUUAUAAAGGAAGCAUCAGAACUUUUAAGUUCAACUGCUGAUGAUGUAAAGAAGUCCUUAUGCCACAGUCUACUCGAUCUUUGUUUCAACCUUGGUGUGCAAGACAGAGCUCGCGACAUUCUUGACUUGGGAUUGACGCUUAAGAUAUAUAGCGAUAUACAAUCGAGAUCUGAAACUCAGUGGUGUUUGCACCUAAAAAAACUCUCAGUUGGAGCUGCUAUGACUGCAUUUCAUGUUUGGAUUGACGACUUGUCUAAGGCUUUUGAAUCGGGCGAGGAACUUCCACAAUUACUUGGAAUUUGUACUGUCCCUUGGAGACAAGGGCGAUCAGAGAAAGACUUGGCUAGUAUAUUUGAAUCAUAUCUGAAGGAACUUAGUGCUCCUUUCCAUAAGGCUACUGAAAUGGAUGGCUGGUUUUUUACUACAAGCCAAGAUGCCAAGUCAUGGCUGCAGUCUAGAGGUUCAACUCAAACCAUUGCUGAUUUGAACUCCACUGUUUUAGUUGCUUCGACAGAGGAUCUUUCCCGUGGAUAG